AUGUUUGAGGUUGAGUCUUCAGUUGACGAUCAUAAAGAACUAGAUAAAAGCAUAGCUGAUCAAUAUCCAAUCUUAGCUGAUGGCUAAAUAGAUAAGAUUAACUUAUCAACUUUAGAGAAAAAUAUUAGAUCUGAUAAAUACAAGUACUAUGCUCAUAAUCUAAAAUACUUUAAGGAUUAUAGCUAGCUUAACAAUAAUUCAUCUCGAGCUGAUCACGGCAAGUAAAAUAAAAGAGAUGGUAGAAGUUAAGGAGACUAGUCUAGAGCUGAGAUGAAAAAUUAGUUCACUAAGUUCUAAGAAAUUGACAACAUAAGAUCAAAGAGGAAUGAAGAUGAAAGUCUUAAGCAGAUGUUUGGAGCUGAUCCACUUGAAGUUUUAUACAAAUAAAAAAACUUACAUCAUGGAAAUAAUAAGGGCAAAUCUAAUUUCCUGAACUCUAAAGACCCAAAUAGAGUGUCGAACAUCUUUUAUGAGAAGGGCUACUCACUUGGGAAGGUCGGAAUGUAUCAUAAAGGCUUAGGACUCUCGCAUAAUUUACUCCAUGCUGUGUAAAAGCAUCGUGAUGAAGAGGAUACAAUAAGGUCCAAAAGCUAUAAGAAAAUGAAAGGCUUCGAGAUUUUAACACCAAUAUAUUAAAAGCCAAGUCAUAAAGGUCUUGGAUCUGCCAGGACUAUGUAAUACCUUGAAGUAGGGGCACAAUCUACCAUUUAGCAACCUUUAGAUAAAAUAUUCUUGCUUGAUGACAUAUAAAUCACAAAGAAAUUUAUGUCUAUAGACAGAAUAGAUGAUUUUGGGCUUUUAAUUGAUAAAUAAAAACAGCAAAUUGAAGCCAAUACAAAUCUUCCAGUAUAUUCUAAAAAUGAUUUAGAUGCUCUGCUUUUAACCGAAAACAAGCCAAAAUUUACAUUGAGAGACCUCAGCUCAAAAGGUGUUGAUAUAAAAGACAUAUUUAAGUAAAUUUGUCCAGAUAUGUUUCAAACAUCUAAAAAUUCUCCAAUAAAUUCAAAUGAUAAAAAAGGCAUGCUAUUGUAGAAAGAAAGAUCCUCUAAAAGAGGGUCUUAGAUUUUAGUUUAAAAUCAAAACGAAUAAGGUGCUGCCUCAUUCAGACAAAGGUUAUCACCAACUUAAAGCCCUAAGUUAUAGCUUCCAAGUAUAUUGAAGGAAAAAGAUGUAGCAAAUGAAGUAGCUCAAUCUAAUCCAAUCAUGUCAGCCACGAAGCAAACUUUCAAAUCCCUUGAUGAAACAUUACAAGAUAGUUUAAAAUCACCUAAGGAAGGUGGCGGGAAUGGUAAAUCUAAGAGAAUCAAGUUAACAAAUAAGGAUAUAGCUAUCAAAUUUAAGAACAUUAAAGACAUUCAGUCACUUACAGCUAGGUAGUAAUAGGAUGGUUAGCCAAGUAAUCUGAUAGACAUUUUGAUGAAGUUUAAGGAUUUGUAUGAGUACAACUCAGAUGUCGCUAAGUUUUAGGUAUCAACUAUUAAUACAAGAAGAUAAGCUGAGGGAAGAGCUGCAAAUCCACACUAUGUUAAUCUCUUUGAAACAAAUCGCAGAAUCACCAAGCAUAUAAAGGAAUAGCAGGAUAGUAUUAUUCACUAGGAAUAUGAACUAAAUCUAAAUACUAAAAAGAAGAAUCCACUUAUUGUAAAAAGUCAUUCUACUUCAAUGCUGAUACCUAAGAUUAGACAUCAGGAUACAAAUGACACAAAUGAAUUUACAAUUCCUUCUUAAGAUAUCAUAGAUCAAUCCGCCUUUAGACCAGACCUGCCUCAGGUCUAAUCCCUUUUGGACACUAUGAGAAGCGAAGGUUUUGAUCAGCAUUCGAUUACUUAGAACUAAGAGAAACCUAAAAAACUGAGGCAUAAACGAAAGUCAGAUGACUUUACAAACCUAGACCAAAGAGACAUGAAUAACUUAUCAAGUGGUGAUGAGAACAUUUUCGCGGUAGACUAUGAAGCAAACAAGCAGGUCUUGCCUAAGAUCAUUGACAUGCAUUUCAUCAGACAUGGGGAUUAUCUGCCACUCUAAGAAUUGGAAAAUAAAAUAAAAACUUUCCGUGAGUAUGGAGAGAAGUCUAAGUCUGUAUAUAACAUGCUAAAGGAGAAAUAAAGGAACGACCGCAAGAAAUUCCUUGAAAGGGAGGAGGAGAAGUACAGAGAGAAGAUCAAGGGUGUCAAAUUCGACAAGGAAGAGAAGGAAUGGGAGCUGGAGAGAGUUAAGCAGAUUAAAGAGUCGCAUAAGUUCAAGAAGAACUUACAGUCACAUUUAGAAAAGGGCAAGAUGAUGAGCGAGAGACAGUUUAAGCAGAAGCUGAAUGUAUUAGAUGUCAAGUUCACUAAGGAGUUCAUUAAGGAGGAUGCAUUAGAGAACAGACUUUUUGAAAAGGAAAAACUUAAGAUAAAGUAAGAUAUAUAUCUUACGAGACAGCAUAACAAGGAAAUGAGGAAAAAAGUAAUGUUUAACAGGAAAAACCCAGAUUUGAAUUUAUUUAAAGAUUGA